AUGCGGUCAGCCUUUCUUGCAGCUAAACUUACAGUGUCCGUGAAGUUGAAGAAAGAGAGUUGGAUUGAACGAUGUCUCAAUGAAAGUGAAAACAAACGUUAUUCCAGUCACACCUCCCUGGGGAAUGUUUCUAACGAUGAAAAUGAGGAAAAAGAAAAUAAUAGAGCAUCAAAACCACACUCAACGCCAGCUACACUGCAAUGGCUGGAGGAGAACUAUGAGAUUGCAGAAGGUGUUUGCAUCCCUCGAAGUGCUCUCUACAUGCAUUACUUGGACUUCUGUGAGAAAAAUGACACACAACCUGUUAAUGCUGCCAGCUUUGGGAAGAUAAUAAGGCAACAGUUUCCACAGCUAACAACACGAAGACUUGGAACCAGAGGCCAGUCAAAGUACCAUUAUUAUGGAAUCGCAGUGAAAGAAAACUCCCAGUAUUAUGAUGUGAUGUAUUCUAAAAAAGGAGCAGCCUGGGUCAACGAAACAGGAAAAAAAGAAGUAACCAAACAGACAGUGGCGUAUUCACCACGAUCCAAACUGGGAACAUUACUGCCAGAGUUUCCAAAUGUCAAAGAUCUAAAUCUGCCAGCCAGCCUGCCAGAGGAGAAGGUUUCUACCUUUAUUAUGAUGUAUAGAACUCACUGUCAGAGGAUACUAGACACUGUAAUAAGAGCAAACUUUGAUGAGGUUCAAAGUUUUCUUCUGCACUUUUGGCAAGGGAUGCCUCCUCAUAUGCUGCCUGUAUUGGGUUCUUCAACUGUAGUGAAUAUAGUGGGAGUUUGUGACUCAAUUCUGUACAAAGCAAUUUCUGGAGUUUUGAUGCCAACGGUACUACAAGCGUUACCUGACAGUCUGACGCAGGUGAUCCGAAAGUUUGCGAAGCAACUGGAUGAGUGGCUGAAAGUGGCUCUUCAUGAUCUACCAGAAAAUCUACGAAAUAUCAAAUUUGAAUUGUCCAGAAGAUUCUCACAAAUACUCCGGCGACAGACGUCACUAAAUCAUCUCUGCCAAGCAUCAAGAACGGUGAUCCACAGUGCAGACAUCACAUUUCAAAUGCUGGAGGACUGGAGGAAUGUGGAUCUGAAUAGCAUUACCAAACAAACCCUCUAUACUAUGGAGGACUCACGGGAGGAACACAGGAAGCUCAUCAUACAAUUGUAUCAGGAAUUUGAUCACCUCCUGGAGGAGCAGUCCCCCAUAGAGUCAUACAUCGAGUGGCUGGAUUCCAUGGUGGACAGAUGUGUCGUGAAGGUAGCUGCCAAGAGACAAGGCUCUUUGAAGAAAGUAGCUCAGCAGUUCCUCCUGAUGUGGUCCUGUUUUGGCACUCGGGUGAUUCGAGACAUGACUUUGCACAGUGCACCCAGCUUUGGGUCCUUUCACCUUAUUCACUUGAUGUUCGAUGACUACGUAUUGUACCUGCUAGAAUCACUCCACUGUCAGGAGAGAGCUAAUGAGCUAAUGAGGGCGAUGAAAGGAGAAGGAAGCACAGCAGAACUACAAGAAGAAAUUAUUCUGAGUGAGCCAGCUCUUCCAACUCCCUCCCCAGGGCCAUUCUCCCCAGCAAAAUCUGCCACCUCAGUGGAAGUGCCCUCUGCCCCCUCACCUGUCAGCAAUCAGUCCCCGGAGUAUGGGGUCAUAGCAGCUACAACAGGAGCUAUGCAAUCCUAUACGUGGUCACUCACCUACACUGUGACAACAGCUGCUGGGUCACCUGCUGAAAAUUCCCAACAGCUUCCCUGCAUGAGGAGUCCACAUGUGCCAUCAUCAUCUGUCACACACCGGAUACCUGUUUAUCCCCACAGAGAAGAGCAUGGAUAUACAGGAAGUUACAACUAUGGCAGCUAUAGCAACCAGCAUCCCCAUCCAAUGCAGAGUCAGUAUCCAUCCUUACCACAUGAUACUGCUAUUUCUGGACCACUUCACUACUCAGCUUACCACAGAAGCUCUUCGCAGUACCCUUUCAACAGCCCAACAUCAAGAAUGGAGCCCUGUUUGAUGAGCAGUACUCCAAGGCUGCAUCCCACACCCGUGACUCCUCGCUGGCCGGAGGUCCCAGCUGCAAACUCCUGCUACACAAGCCCAUCCAUGCACUCCACAAGAUAUGGAAACUCUAGUGACAUGUACACCCCUUUGACUACCCGCAGAAAUUCUGAAUAUGAGCACAUGCAACACUUUCCUGGCUUUGCCUACAUCAAUGGGGAGGCCACCACAGGUUGGGCUAAAUGAAAAUGACUGGUAUCAGCUAAGCCCAUAUACUUAAAGAAUUAUAAAAACUUCAUGUUUUGUGGGAUUUUUCAUGGACGUUCUUCAAGGGAGGUGAAGAUGGAAAAGAUCCUGGGCAGAUAAAUGUAGUUCAUAAUGUGGGCAGGUUGCAGGCCA